AUGGAAAUCUUCAUGGAAAGAUGUGUUCAGCUGCCUGAAUAUUAUUUCCCGACAUCCGUCAGUAGGCGUCGCUGUGGAUUUCUUCACGUUUUAUUUCCAGCACUCAAAUCUCGCUCAAAAUCGCGAAGCUUCCAAAUCCCGUUCCUCUUUCAACUAGCCUCCAAGAUGCCCACCAAGAAGACCAAGACCAGGAAGCUCCGAGGACAUGUCAGCCACGGACAUGGUCGCAUUGGUAAGCACAGAAAGCAUCCUGGAGGUCGUGGUAAUGCUGGUGGUCUGCAUCACCACAGAAUCAACUUCGACAAAUACCAUCCGGGGUACUUCGGUAAGGUGGGUAUGAGACAUUACCACUUGAAGAGGAAUGCAUCCCACUGCCCCACCAUCAACCUGGACAAGCUGUGGACACUGGUGAGCGAACAGACCAGGAUCAAUUACGGCAAGAAGCCCGAUGGACCCGCCCCUGUCAUCGAUGCUGUGCGCGCUGGCUACUACAAAGUUCUGGGCAAAGGCAAGCUGCCCAAGCAGCCUGUGAUCGUCAAGGCCAAGUUCUUCAGCCGACAGGCUGAGGAGAAGAUCAAGGCAGUGGGAGGCGCCUGCGUGCUGAUGGCAUAAUGUUCCUGUCAGUGUGGUUUUGCUAAAAUAAAAUGUAUAAAUGGAAACAUCAAA